AUGGCGCUGCAAAAUCCCCGCACGCGCCCGCCGUGCACGCUGAGCCGGCGCUCGCUGCAAAGCAUCGAGCAAAUGCAUGCGGCAGCUGCGUGGCACCGGGACGGUGGCACGGCCGUAGGGGUCACCAUGCUGGGGGGAGGGGGGGUCCUGGUGCUACGAGCCGACCUGCACGCUGUGGACCCCGUCAAAGGGAAGACAGCCAGGGAGUGGGCAGCCUUCACCGGCCGCUUCGAGACCACCGUCCGCAUCCGGACCCUCCUCCGGCGCCCGCGGGCCGAGCAGUUCGGCACCCGUUACCUCCCCGAGUGGCCAGCCCUGGCCGGGCUGGUGGCCAAAGCCCUGAGCCCCAAAUCCCGCAGCCAACGUCUGGCGGAGAAGAUCCGCUCCUUCUUCACCUUCCGCGUCCCCCGCGACCCGGAGGAGGACGGCGUGCUGGACCACAUGGUGAGGAUGACCACCUCCCUGGCCAGCCCCUUUGUGAGCACCGCCUGCCGAACCGUCUGCCCUGAUAGCCCACCCGAAGUGGGCAAACGGCGGCUCUCGGUGGCGGAGAUCCUCCAGGAGCACGUGCCGGAACCGGGCACUGGGACGGCAUCGUGCAACGGCCAACUGGUGGUGGGGCACGGCCAACUGGAGGGGCACGGCCAACUGGAGGGGCACGGCCAACUGGAGGGGCACGGCCAACUGGUGGUGGGGCACGGCCAAGUUGGCCAUGGCCAAGUUGGGUCGGACCGAGCGGUGCCGGAGGUGGCCCCGCGCCGUCACCGCGUCCUGGGCUUCCUCCCCCGGCUGCUCCGCGCCAACUGCGUCUUCCCCGGGGAGCGCGUCCCCAGGAUCAAGCUGAGCAAAGCCAGCUCGCCGCCGGCGUGCGGGAGGGAGCGGAGACCCCGAGGCCGAGACAAGGCGCUGCUGCAGCCCCCCAAGUGGAGGUACAAGGAGCUGAAGGAGGAGAAGCGAGCGGCCGAGGAGGCGGAGGGCGAGAAGAAGAAGAAGAAGAAGGGGAAAAAGGGGCGCUGAGGUUUUGGGGUGGCCCCCGUGGCCCUGUGCUGUCGCCGUGGUGCUGGGUGGGAUCCUGCUGCAGGGGGUGU